AUGCUUCCACCGGCCCUGUGGGAGGAGCCGCUCCAGCUCUGUAAAAGCCCAGAACGGUACCAGCCAGCAAGAGCUCUGGCCCAACAUUACAGGGUGAUGCCACACCUGCUCACCGAUGCCAAACUAAAGUGGAGGAACCUGGGGGGAUCGGUCAGCAGCCGCCCGUGUUUUACCCUCCCCUUCCCUUCCCUCACCCAGAGCUCUGGCCUCGCACUCAAAGAGUUAAAGAACCCUCAAAACGGUUUUAAAAUAGGAGCGCAGAGUCGGGAGUGUCGGCAGCUCGAGGCGCUGCUGCGUUGGCAGCUGGGCCGGACCGAAAGCCAAAGGCCCCCAGCUCUGACGCUUUUAUAUGCAGCCAUAAAAAGACAUCUUGCUCCGUCCAGCAGCUUUUCACGAGCAGAUGCUGAGCACAUCUGGCGCAGGAUGCAGAGGAGCCCCCCCCCAGCGCCGCAGCAGCACAGGAGCGAAAUCCCCUCGAUGGAGGGUUUCAAAGGCCUCGGGUUUCACGAGGAGCUCCACUGGAAGGACGGCCAAGACUCUGAAGACCCCGGAGAGUACUGUUAUGGUGGGUACCACCCCGUCCGGGUUGGCGACACAUUUAACAGAAGAUACCAGGUGGUGUCUAAGCUCGGCUGGGGGUUUUUCUCCACCGUGUGGCUCUGCGUGGACUUAAAGUCGGGUCGGCGAGUGGCCGUGAAGGUGCUGAAGAGCGGCCCCGGCUUUGCUCAGGCUGGACAGGACGAGCUGGCUCUCCUACGCUGCGCUGCCGGGGCCUCGGCCCGCCGCCCCUCCAGCCCCAGGGUCGUUCAGCUGCUGGACGAGUUCAAGCUGGCCGGGGUCAACGACAUGUGUCUGGUUCUGGAGCUGCUGGGACCCGACCUGAGGACCUGGCAGGUGUGCUUUGGGAAUCCAGGGCUGCAGAGACCUUGGGUUCUUCAGGGCCUGGACUACCUUCACACUCAGUGUAAAAUCAUCCACACCGACAUCAAACCGGAGAAUAUCCUGAUCUGUCUGGACGAGCAUUUAAAAGAGAUUGCGUACAAGCAUUUCUGCGAGGAGAUCCAGACCCGUCAGUAUCGCUCUCUGGAGGUUCUGUUGGGUUCUGAGUACGGCCCACCAGCUGACAUCUGGAGCGUCGCCUGUAUGGCUUUUGAGCUGGUCACCGGAGACUCUCUGUUCCACCCCAAAGCCGGCGAGUCCAUUUCCCUGGAGGAGGACCACAUCGCCCAGAUCUCAGAGCUGCUGGGGAAGAUCCCUCCGGCCGUGGCCCUGUCGGGGAAAUACUCGGCCGACUACUUCAGCCGCAGAGGCGAGCUGACCCGCGGCGGGCCGCUGGGGCUCUGGAGCCUCCACGACGUCCUGCUGGAGAAGUACGGCUUCCAGCUGGGGGAGGCCUCGGCCCUCGCCGACCUCCUCACCCGCAUGCUGGACUACCAGCCGCACAGGCGCGCCACCGCCGCCGAGUGCCUGCGCCACCCCUGGCUGACCUCCGGCUGACCACCGGCCGACCUCCUGAUGUUUCCAGCUGCGCAGCCUCAGCCGUUUCAGGGCGUCUCUGGACGUACGUUCUGACCCGGCAACUGCCUUUCACAGAAACUAGAGGCCUCAAGCACUGUAAGCCUUUGUGUUUGUUCCCCUUUGACGGUCAGACCUUCAGAUCCAAAACGGAGCCGCGUUAUCGCUCUGCGUUGCUUCUUUCCCAGCAGAUCUUUGUGUGACAGCGAAACCCCGCUCGUGUUAUCUUUUGUACGAACAAAAAGACUAAAUAAACGGAGCGGUACAUUUGGGAGGAAGCAAAUGGGUUUCAAUUUCUGAUUCUUUUGCACGUCAGUUCAGGUCAUAGUUAGGAUUCUGACCAGUGUGACCGCUAGCUGAAGCCGUGCCGGUGUUGAUCGGGCUCGUCCUGCCUCCUCGGAGCUGAGUUACAUUAAAUGUGGAUGUCAUCAGACGUGUGUUGGAUGUAUUUCCACAGAGGAUUUGGGUCUGUGUCUGAUUGGAGGAAAUCUGACAGCUGCUUUCCCACUGGGACCUCAGCUUUUUGGUUUUAGCUCCCACUCAGGGAGCGGCCCACAGAUAAACCAGAGGAACGCUGCCUGAUAAGUCAUGAAAGCGACUCCAGGAGGAGUCCGGACAGUUUUAAAGAGGUGAAAACAUGAAAUGUUCAGCAGGUGCUCCUGCGUGCGUUCAGCUCCCCUCCCUGUGA